AUGGCCCCCGCAGGUGAUUCGGCUGCAAAGGCUGUCAAAGCCAGCGGAGUCCAACUUCAGAUGCUCCAGCGAUUUGCUGAAGUACUUCUCCUCGUAUGGACAUGGUUCAAAACGUGGUUGGACAUGGGUAGAAACGGCUACACCAUCUACCAACAGUGGCCGCGGCCAGACAUCAGGUAUUCAGCGCCGCAGGUCAUGCUUGUGCUUGGACUCGUUGCAACAAAUGUCCUUGGAUUUCUCAAUUUUCGACACCAAGGCCUUCCUCAAGAAGCACGUUUUGCUGCUUUGGAUCUCGACGCCCUCUACCUUGCAUACAAGCACGGAGCGGAAGUUGUUCGCGGCGAGGCAAGCGCAGAGUGGGAGAAGCUUCGGCUUCGCAACUCUUUGUGGCGCAGUCUACCCCUGGCCAUGAUGAGCUUUGCCUUGACUUGUCGGGUGUUGUUCGAGGUGCCACUCUGCCAAGCAUCAGCCUCAGCAUCAGCAAUGGCUGUUGGAUUCUGGCCUGAACUGGCAAACGAGUCUGCCUGGGCACGUGACAUGCAAAGGGAUGGGGUUGCCUUCCUUGACAUCGAAUGGGCGGCCUAUUACAAAGAGCAUGGGGAUCUUGUGUCGCAAGUGUCAGAAGACCUCAGAAGAGGAGGCAAAUCCUUUGGCCGAGUUCUUCUGAACCUGGAGCACAGCGUGUGGAGUGCUUCACACUGCCAUGACUCCCAAUGGCAGCAAGCCGGGCUUCCACUGAAACAAGCUCAUUUGGAAGACCAGGUCGGUGCUGCUGGAGACAAGGAAGAUGCCAGGGCCGAAAGCCAGGGCCUUAGCAACUUGUUGGCCUUGAACGUUGUGACCUUUGAGCGCGCGAGAAUGGAGGCCGUGAGGCGGGAGAACACCUUGAAGCCUGCAGUCUCGCGCUUGAUCAGUCGCAUGAGCAAGUCCAAUUUGUUGGCAGGCGCAGGAGUUGUGACUGUGAACACGAUGGGCUGGGAGACCCUUCUAGACGAGGCUAUUGGGUUCCUAAAGGUCAACCUUCGUCAAGAUGAAAUUCAGACAGCGCACUCGGGCAGACCAUGGACCUUGAAGAUCACAGACAAGUGGCAAGCCACAGUCCAAGGGGGUUGGAAAGUACGGUUAGGCCAUGCCUUCGUAUUGUUCCUGGCAGCAGUGCUGCCAGUACGCAAACGCAUAUUAGAAUCGUUCAGCCCACCGCCGUCGACUCCUAAGAACGUGCUAGUGACCAUGUACACCAGCUUGGACUUGACAUGCCUAGUGACUGCCUGGGUCCUUUGUGCAAUCGCGCCUGCUGCCUAUCAUCUCGGGGCUUUGUUUGAGAACACCAUUGACAAUUUGUGGCCGCUCAUAGAAGAACUCGUCAACAAUGUUAAGCCUAACUCGGAGAUGAAAGAUAUGGCUGCGGCCAUGUUUAAAAACUAG